AUAUAUAUACUGAUACCUUUGCUUGUGUAGUUGAAAAUGGAACUACUGUCAAAUUGACAGAUAUUACAAAAUUUGACAUCUUUAAAGCCAGGAAUAAUUCGUGUUGUGUAACUCCUAUUAUUCUACAAUCACAAAAAAAUGAAUAAACUAUUAAAUUACAAAUACUACGAUACGCCUGAGGGCCAAGACAUAUUCAUGAAGACAUUUGUAACCAGUAAAUAUGCUGCAGUAGCCGGUCUUGCUGGUGCUUCUUUUGAUGUGCUUAUGUUCUCUCAUCCAAAAGGUUUUGUCAAUACAAUCGGUCGAAUGGGCUAUAUUGUAGGCCCUCUAGUGGGUAUGGCAGUUGCCUUCACAUUCACUACCAACGUUGCCCAAAAUAUUCGUGGGAAAAACGAUAAACUCAAUUACUUCUUGGGUGGUGCCACAUCUGGCUUUGUGUUUAGUGCUUGGAUGAAAAAGGGGAUUAUCGCGGUGCCUGCCGCGGUGGUACUAGGCGCAAUAGCUGUGGUAAAGAAGACAGGCAUCGAUGAAGGCUGGAUCUUUUUCCCAGAUGCGGCACAAUCUACUAAAACAAUCAAAUCAGUUAAACAUGACUGGACUCUUCUCAAAGAUAUUGAAGAAUUAAAGGGAUGGACAGACGGUUCCAAGCAAUAGAAAAUCAUGUAGAAAAUGUAAAUAAACUUUAAAAAAUAAUUUAUCUGUUAAGAGUUACAACUAAAAAUGUUAAAAAUCAAUGGAUUUUUUAAAUAAAAACUAGUUCAUUUAGAUGGAAA